UUGUUUUUCCCCAGGCGUCCUUCCUCCCUUUAAUUUGCUUCUCAAAGACCAAAUGUAACUACUUGUUGUCUUGGCCUGGUGGUACGAGAGUUGUGCAGCGCAAACUUGAGGCCAACAGUUCUUCCAGCCUCUUCUGCCACGAUAUUCCUGUGAGAGGCAUUACACAUCAGACAAUCUACUCAUUUACGGCAGCCAAAAUGGUCCGGAACAUCCUCUCAGUACUCCUAUUGGUCUGCAUCACAUUUUUGGUCAUCAUCUCAUCUCCGGAGAAUGGCGCGGAGGCCGACGUGUACAUCGGCAGUUGCAACGCUUUGACAACGACCAACAACUACAUCCCGCAUUGCGAAGACGAGUGCAGGCGCCAGGGUUUCAAAGGCGGGCACUGCGGGAGCUUCCUCAGAGUAAACUGUUGGUGCGAGCAAUAACCCUCACAAUACUAUCAUGCCCAUGAAGAACGCCGUCCCAAGUGGCAUUUUUCAACGGAAAAUCGUGACAUUUUGAGAUUAAGUUGCGAUUUAUCUACGAUUUUUUUUUUGCGAUAAAAUCGCUAGGAUCAUCAACAUCUGUGCGAUUAUCCUCAAUCUUGUCGCGAUUUUAUCUCUGUGAAAUCGCGUGCAAUUAAAUCGAAAUCUUAUCUCAAUUGGAUGUAUUUCUGCCAAACGGAACUAUGUGCAUUAUAACGUGAGCCCUGUUAUGCAUAUACUCUUAUGGGUAUCAGGGCUCAUGUUUUAAUGCACAUAGUUCCGUUCGGCAGGAAUACGUCCAAUUGAAUCAAUGAGAACGGAAACACGCCAACUUGGUAGCUCGAAAAUGAUUAAUUUCCACUAAAGACAGUUAAUAUUACUAAGAGGUCAUUGCAGUUAGCGCCCUCUGUUCCAACUCGGACCUUUAAAGCUGUACUUUAAGUACUUGUCUUUCGGCAGCUGAGUCUUUUUCUAAAACUAACUUCUUCACCUACUGUGCAGUUUUGUGUGAGUUUUGAUUAUAUUCAUUUUUCCGAGU